AUGUCUCACAGAAAAUUCGAGGCCCCCCGUCACGGUUCCCUUGCGUACCUCCCCCGCAAGAGAGCUGCCCGUCAUCGCGGCAAGGUCAAGUCCUUCCCCAAAGAUGACCCCAAAAAGCCGGUCCACCUCACAGCCACCAUGGGCUACAAGGCUGGUAUGACCACCAUCGUCCGCGAUCUCGACCGCCCAGGAGCAAAGACACACAAGAAGGAGGUCGUGGAGGCAGUCACUGUCAUUGAGACACCACCGGUGAUCGUUGUUGGUCUAGUUGGUUACAUCGAAACUCCCCGAGGUCUCCGCUCCCUUACUACCGUUUGGGCUGAGCACUUGAGCGACGAGGUAAAGCGCCGAUUCUACAAGAACUGGUACAGAAGCAAGAAGAAGGCUUUCACCAAGUACGCCAAGAAGCACUCUGAGUCUUCUGGAUCCUCCAUCACCCGUGAGCUCGAGCGCAUCAAGAAGUACUGCACCGUCGUCCGUGUCCUCGCCCACACCCAAAUCCGCAAGACUCCCCUUAAGCAAAAGAAGGCUCAUUUGAUGGAAAUCCAAGUCAAUGGAGGCAGCGUUGCGGACAAGGUUGAGUUCGGUCAUGGUCUCUUCGAGAAGCCAGUCGAGAUCUCCUCCAUCUUCGAGCAGGAUGAGAUGAUCGAUGUUAUUGCCGUUACCAAGGGUCACGGUUUCUCCGGUGUCACCAGCAGAUGGGGAACCAAGAAGCUUCCGAGAAAGACACACAAGGGUCUCCGUAAGGUCGCCUGUAUUGGAGCCUGGCAUCCUUGUCACGUCCAGUGGACCGUUGCCCGUGCCGGUCAAGACGGAUACCACCACCGUACCUCUUGCAACCACAAAGUGUACCGCAUUGGCAAGGGUGACGAUGAGGGUAACGCCACCACUGACUUUGAUGUUGGCAAGAAGCAAAUCACCCCCAUGGGUGGCUUCGUCCGAUACGGAGAGGUCAAGAACGACUUCGUUAUCGUUAAGGGUUCCGUUCCAGGUGUUCGCAAGCGUGUCAUGACUCUCAGAAAGUCCAUGUUCGUCCACACCUCGAGAAAAGCAUUGGAGAAGGUUGAGCUCAAGUGGAUCGACACGUCGUCGAAGUUCGGUCACGGUGCCUACCAAACUCCUCAGGAGAAGCAUGCUUUCUUGGGUACGCUCAAGAAGGACAUUCAACCUGCUGCUUAG